UGUCUAUUAAAAACAGAUUGCAGUAAACAAAAUGCAGGUCUUGUAAUUUUGGCACAAAAAUCAUCUUAAAUGUUUCUGCAUCCUGCAAUUGUUGGGCAAAAUUCUAAAUUUUAGCUGACUAGGCACUUGGUGGGUUAAAACCAACAGCAAAAAAACAAGGAAAUAUAAUGAGCGUAAUAAGGGGUGGAAAGAUGAAGUAAGAAAGAAACGUGCAAAAAACAUUUACGAUAUUUGUGACGCGUCCUGCAUCUGGAGUGUCCUUUCACUUUUAUUUUCCGGUGGUUAGUGGGCUUGUCUCGGACAGAGUUGAUGGAGGACAGUGAAUGGCAGUGUGUUCUACGGAUAUGAGAGACAACGUACGACACGGACAAGGCUAAGCUGAUGCAAAGUGUGUGCGUGACCUUCCGGAAAGGCUAAAUUGUGAGGCGCAGCAUCAGGUUGGAGUACGGUAGUAAAAGCGCAUCGGUCAAUGACAUCCGGCCCGAAGGUAAACAGACAGUCGGACGAUUAUUAACCUCCCCCAAUACGCGUCUUUUAUCGCCUUCAGUAUGACUUAAUAAUUAGUAGACGAAGAGCGAUGGUGGCUAUACGUACGGCAAGGUUUAUUUGACAUCCCUCCCCACAAAUCACGAAUCUACGUGUGAAACGAUGGCGAAGGAAUACGAUUAUCUGCUGAAGGUACUCCUUGUCGGUGAUAGUGACGUUGGCAAGCAGGAGAUUCUCUCCGGUCUAGACGAUGGCUCCACGGAAAGCCCAUUUUGCAGCGGAAGUGGCACGGCACAUAAAACGACCACCAUCUUACUGGACGGUAAACGCGUGAAGCUACAGAUUUGGGACACAUCCGGUCAGGGACGGUUCUGUACAAUCAUUCGCUCCUAUUCGCGUGGCGCUCAGGGCAUUAUACUCGUGUACGACAUCACGAACAAGUGGAGCUUCGACGGACUGAACCGGUGGCUAAAGGAGGUCGAAGAGCACGCACCGGGCGUACCGAAGGUGCUGGUCGGGAACCGGCUGCAUCUCGCCUUCAAGCGACAGGUCGCCGCAAAACAGGCGGAACUGUACGCAUCGCGCAACAAGAUGGCCUGCUUCGAGAUAUCUCCGCUGUGCGAUUUCAACAUACGCGAAUCGUUCUGCGAGCUCGCCCGGAUGGCGUUGCAUCGCAAUGGGAUGGAGCGGAUCUGGCGCACGAACAAAGUACUUUCCCUGCAAGAGCUGUGCUGCCGCAGUAUCUGCCGGCGGACGAAUGUAUAUACCAUCGAUAGCCUUCCGCUGCCACCGUCCGUAAAAUCGUAUCUGCGAUCGUACGCGCUCACCUCGUCCCAGUGCUUGAACACGGUGCUGAACAAUUCCGCGUCGAUCGCGAAGAAUCUCAAAAGCAAAUCCUCCACCACAUACCAUCUGAAGCAUAACGUCCGCAACGGAUGCGUAAUUUCUUGAUUGUCAUUCUUAAGCCCGCCGCGCGCGCGUUGGGUUUUGAACGGUGGAUUUGGUUUGCCACUACCUGGGCGGGUUCGGUAAAAGCAAGCGAUGGGGACGCAACAGAGUCAUAGAGCACAAUAUCGUUUUUUUUCAUAGAUUGUAAAAGGUCCUCUGUUUGUAUUGUUUUUUCAAACACUCGGCACGAUAUUCUCAGAAGUAUUUUAAACUAACACUAAUUACCUCACACACAAAAGUGAUGCUGCCACAUAAACACAUUCGCGUGAUUUUUGUUUGUUUUGUCUGUAACGGCGAAACGAAUUAACUGAAAACUAAUCGGUUGCGGGGAUCAGUGCAACAUUAACCUGCCCGAAACUCUUAGACCACCUAUCAUCACCGUCAUUACGCUAUCAAAAAAUCUUCCCCAAAUGGUCAAACGGAUGAGUACAGUGUAGGGGCAGUAGAAAGUCCAUUAUCUUCUCCAACGUUCCCUCAAGCUGGAUAAAGGUAAUGAAUAUGUAUUUCAUUAAAUACUGAUAACAAAGUGUGACACGAAAAUUCUCAUGUAUAGAUUUAAAUGUACAACACAGCCUCAAGACCCCUCACCGUACUUUUCUGGUGCGACCUGUGGGCUGAAGACAAGCAAAUGAACCAAAUACUAAUUUUAUUAACCUAAUAAUUACAAAUACGUAUGGUAUGAUUAAAAGUAUCGCUACCCGCACACAAUUAAGAGACGUCAGACGUUUUUGGGUGACCUAUAUGUCGAAGAAUCAUUUCGACACAGCAGCAGAAAACGUGUGAUUACCGAUUAAUGUUAACGUGGAAUUGCGCGCCAGAUCUACUAUAGCUUGAUAUCAUAUGCGUUUCUGGCGUGAUACGGUAUGCAAACAAUUAGACAUUGUGCUUUUUUGUUGUUGUUUUUUUUACGAGUUAAUCCCACACCGAGUCAUGUAAGUUUUAGGUUACGACACUAAAUCAUCUAUUUCAAAAUGAGCACAAGGAAAAUGGAAAAUGCAAACAAUGCGAGAUAACGAAAUGGAAGGUCGUGUGCAUAGAAACUUAACUUUUUUUUAUUAGUUUCAAAAUGGCGUACAGAAUUUAACUAGCUUUAGUAAGAGUAGAAUAAUUGCGCAAAAGUCGUCAGCAUAAUAAAGCAUAGAGAGAAAGAAAGAGAGAGAGAGAGAAAAAGAAAGAGAGUGAGAGAGAAAGAGAAACAGGAUUGGUAGAAUUUACGAUAAUGUGUGCGGAGAAUCCCCUUUUCUACGAAACUUUCUAUUUCGAUAAAAAAUGAAUAGAUAAGAGGGUUGCAUCAUAAUAGUUGUGUGUGUGUUGGCUAGAUUCCAUGAGCAAAAACAUAUUUUCUAGACUCCGUGCAACAUUCAAAAUGUUGCACAUGAAUCUAAACGAAACAAACAAAAACCAAAACCACAAAGAGAAAACGAACGAUUUAUAACCAACCAAGCCAACCACCGCAAAUAAGUGUUUUUCUUUUUCUAGUAUUAAAUGUCGUAUAUAUUUGAAAAAAGGGUUAGGUACUGUGAAAAUGUGACACAAAAUUUGGAAAAGGGAAGAAACGAAAUAACAACAACCAACUGAUAAUACAACCCACGAUGGUUAAUAACAAAACAAAAACAAGUACUCAUGUAAAGUUAAGAAACAAGUACAAUCUAAUAUUGUUUUUUCCUGCCUAGUUCUGAGGAGUGCAAAACAAAACAUAAAAAUCAAUCGACGCACAAACGUCUGCAAAGUAGAAUUGAAAAAGGAGACGAUAAAAACAGGAAACGGAAUAUACAAAAGAAAAAGAAAAACGCCCUAGUCUGGUAACCCUUUGAUGAUGGGGUAUCGGAACUCUGGGACAUGGAACACGCAUAACACGAGCGAGAUUCGAGCGUACGAGCUAUGAUUUCAAUUUAUUUAUGAGGUGUUUUUAUUUCUUUAAGUAGCAAUGUACAAUACGAAACUUGUGAAUGAAUUAUUAAAAAAAAAACAGAAAUCG